AUGACCUCCAUUCCGUUGUUCUUCCCACUUAGCCAGAAUUCAAAAUUUGCAGCUGUUUCUCUCUCUCUUCGUCUUAACACGCUUAAGUGCAAAUUUAUUGGUUUUUCUUUCUUUUUGUUUUUAGAAACACGAAUGAGUCAGUCAAGUGCAAAAACGCCAUUUUCUCCCAUUCCUUCUCAAACGAAGAUUAAAUCUAUCUAUCUAUCUAUCUAUCUAUCUAUCUAUCUAUCUAUCUCUCAUCUUUUCUUUUUUUCUUUUUUAACAUUCUUUUGUUCUUUGACAUUGCACUCGCUAACCUUACCUUCACUUUCUAUCCUCCUCUUCUUUCUUUCUUUCUUUCUUUCUUUCUUUCUUUCUUUCUUCUCCACUGUUUUAUUCUUCUCUUAUUUUUGCCUUCUCCUUUCUUCUCUUUGGUCAGCGCUGACCAAAGAGAAGAAAGACGAAGGAAACUUUUUCCCCAUGUUGAUUUUUUCUCUUUCUUUCUUUUUUUUUUUUUCUUAUUCAAUAACUACAUUUCGACUUUCUCUCUCUCCCGCUCUCUCUGUAUUUAUCUAUCGAUCGAUCGAUCUAAGUCUGUUCAUAUGUAUUUAUGUAUCUAUCCGAGUCUAUUCAUGGCUAUCUAUCUAUCUAUCUAUCUAUCUAUCUAUCUAUCUAUCUAUCUCUCUCUAUAUAUAUAUAUUUGAGUCUGUUCAUAUCUAUCUAUCUAUCUAUCUAUCUAUCUAUCUAUCUAUCUAUCUAUCUGUGUCUGUUCCUAUCUAUAUGAGUCUGUUCAUAUCUAUCUAUCUAUCUAUCUAUCUAUCUAUCUAUCUAUCUGAGUCUGUUCAUAUCUAUCUAUCUAUCUAUUUGUGUCUUCAUAUCUAUAUGAGUCUGUUCAUAUCUAUCUAUCUAUCUAUCUAUCUAACUGAGUCUUCUGUUCAUAUCUAUCUAUCUAUCUAUCUAUCUAUCUAUCUAUCUAUCUAUCUGAGUCUGUUCACAUCUAUCUAUCUAUCUAUCUAUCUAUCUGAUAUCAACAGUGCUGCAGUGAAAGUGUUAAUUAUUCAAACAAAUAUCAUUUGUUCUUUUUGCUAUAAUGUUUCAUACGAUAUAUUUUCAGACCUUCCUCCGGAUUCUCUGAAAUUCAAAAAUAAAACUUUGUUAUUUCACCUGUUAUUCGAACUAGUAUCUCUGUCUUUGUCGUUUUGA